AUGAAGAAGACAGUCCGGAACGUCGGGGACAGGCCGGAUUUUCAGGGAUUCCUACAUUCUCUGAUUUUUUACUUUGCCAUUAAUAAUAUUAACAAGAAUCCUGACAUUUUACCCAAUAUUACCCUGGGAUAUCAUAUUUAUAACUCGUGCUUAGAUGUAAGAUUGGCAGUAAAAGGUGUUUUACAUCUUGUGUCCAAUUCGGAUAAGAUGAUACCAAAUUACUCCUGUAAGAGGCAUGGCCGGCUGGCCGGUAUUAUUGGAGAUCGCUACUCAUCUACCACUAUCCCAGCAGCGCAAAUCCUUGGACUGUAUGGAUAUCCUCAGAUCAGCUACGGAGCCACUGACCCCACACUAUCUGAUAGACGCCUCUACCCACAUGUUUUCCGCACAGUCCAAAGUCACUACGUCCACAAUAUGGUGAUGACCAAACUCUUGAAGUACUUUGGCUGGACUUGGGUUGGUAUUUUAGUAUCGGAUGAUGAUGCCGGAGAGAAUGAGCUACAGAUACUAACAAAAUACAUGAAAGAGCAUGGGAUCUGUGCCGCCUUCACCAUAAAACUUACAGAACAGAACACUAUUGGUGGUAAUGUCCAGAUAUUAAAUCUUUUAAACAAUCAACGUGUCAGUAUCAUCAUAAUGUGCGGGACCUACUCUGUUUAUGGACUUGAUUUACUACUUAAACAUGAAUAUUUAUUUUUGGACAGAAUUAUCAUCCUUCCACCAUCUUGGGCUUUUAGUGAAAUCAUUACAGAUCUCCACUUUCCAGAAAUAAAUGGAAGUCUAGCAUUGGACUUUUCACGACAUCUUUUUCCGGGAUUGGAAAAUUUUGUGAAAAACUACAGAAAACUCCCCAAUAUUUACUAUGGUAUGGAUUUCUGGACAAUUUUACAAUUAAUAUCAGGAUCUGGGGAUAAAGAUUCCUUUGUUUCUUUUAAAAUCAGUAAAACCAGUGCAACGUUUACUAGACCAAGCCUGAGGAAUUACCUCUCAUCUAGUGUCUCUCCAAGCUUGUAUGAUGCAGUAGAAAUCCUGGCAAAGUCUCUACAUGAAAUCUUCUCAUUUAUAAAUCAUCAAGAAAAUUUUAUAACUGGACUUAUACAACACAGACGGAAGUUACAGCGCUACAUACAGAUGAUGAAGAGUUCACUGGAUCCAAUGAGACCUUCAUAUUACUUUACUGACCAAGGAGAAGCCGUACAUCCAUAUAAGAUAAUACAGUGGAUAUUUAGGGAUGAAAAAAAACAUAAAAACAUACGUAAGGUCGAAGUAGGAAAUUUUACACCUUGGGCCGUCACAGGCCAAAAGCUUUCUAUGAAUCCCCAGUCUAUAACAUGGAAACACACAAAGGUCCCAGUAUCCCGGUGCACAGACCAAUGUUUGCCUGGUUACUGGAAAAAGAUGAGACCAACAAUCCAUACCUGCUGCUAUGACUGUGUCCCAUGUUCUGAGGGAGAGAUAUCCAAUAUAACCGACUCUGACUUCUGCAUGAAAUGCCCAAGUGAUGAAUGGCCAAAUGAGAAGAGAGACCGAUGCCUGCCUAAAGUCAUGGAUUUUAUCUCUUACCAAAAUGACACAAUGGCUUCUGUAUUCUCAUGUGUCUCCAUCUUCGGAUGUCUUGUGACUGGCUCCAUAUUUGGAAUAUUUAUCUCCUACCGGGACACUCCUAUUGUUAAAGCUAAUAACCGAAACCUGAGUUAUCUCCUCCUGGUCUCCAUCCUCCUCAGCUUCCUCUCUGUCUUCUUGUUUCUUGGUCGUCCCAGUGAUGUCACUUGUAGGUUACGUGAAACCAGUUUUGGAGUCUUCUUCUCAGUCGCCGUCUCUUCACUUCUUGCCAAGACUGUUAUGGUUUGUGUUGCUUUUAAGUCCACCAAGCCUGGAAGUCCCUGGAGAAAAUGGCUGAGUGUGAAGCUGCCCUAUACCAUAGUGUUGUUGUGUUCUUCCAUUCAAGUUGUAAUCUGUGUUAUCUGGUUGUCUAUCUCUCCCCCAUUCCAGGACCUGGACACUCAGUCUUAUCCUGGGAAGAUCAUCAUUCAGUGUAAUACAGGUUCAGAUAUCUGGUUCUACUCCAUGUUGGGUUAUCUGGGGUUCAUGGCAGCGGUGAGCUUUGUUCUGGCUUUCAUGGUGAGGACAUUACCGGACACUUUCAAUGAAGCCAAGUACAUCACCUUCAGCAUGCUGCUGUUCUGCAGUGUCUGGAUCGCCAUGAUCCCGGCUUAUCUGAGCACCACAGGGAAAUCCAUGGUGGCUGUGGAGAUCUUUGCAGUGAUGGCGUCCAGUACUGGACUUCUAGGGUGUGUGUUUUUUCCAAAAUGUUUUAUCAUUUUGUUUAAAUCUGAAAUGAACAGAAAAACUGACCUACUGGGGAAAAAGGAAGGAAUGACUAGGAAAUAUUAA